AUGGUCAUGCUAUUGAGCAAGGCUAGAGAGGUCUCUAUCUCCCUGCUGGAAUCCACAAUCCUCCUCUUGUCAAAGCAAAUUGAAAUGCGCAAACAGUCUCUUAUCUCCAAGGCAUUUCACAAGACGAAGAAGCCAGUUGUUUGUGAGGAGGAGCAAUUGCAGGAGUUAGAGUGCAGCAUCAGAGAUCUUGAGAAUGGAGCAGGACAUCUAUUCAGGAAAUUAGUCCAGAGCAGAGUUUCCCUCCUAAACAUUCUUAGCUCAUAG